AUGUGCGCACACCUCGCCAUCUCCGCCGCCUCCGAGGCCACCGGCGCCAUGAGUGGUGUCUGCGCCGUCGCCGUGGGGGCCUUGGCCGGCUUGAUUGGCCUCAAAGUCAGCUUUGCCGCCCCGCCGCGAGCGCCGAAAAAGCGUCAACCGCGCAACGGCGUGACGGAGAGAGAGCGACCGCGCUGCUUCUGCGAGCCGCUAGGAGCCGAGCCGAUGUCUAUCCGAAGCCGUCUGCCGCGCGCGUCGGUCGCGAAGGGCCCGCCGGGGAUCAGUUUCCACUCCUCUGAGGCUGCCGAUCACCUAAACUGUACCCGUGUGUCGACGGGUGUGGAACCGGGCUCAAAAAAGCGGAUAUGA